AUGAUGGCCCCGAAGCUGACUGCGCUGAAGCGAAUGGUUGACAAGCCGCCGGUCGGUGUCGACCAAGAGCACGUGCAGGCAGCCUUCCAGAAGCUUCGGACCUGGACGGAGGCGAGCAAGGCCGCCAUCCACGGAGCGCAGGCGACACCUCACGCUGCGCUCGACAGUCUUCCCUUCGACAAGAGCGAUCUGAAGGCCACGGUGGAGGCGGCCGCGCAGACCUUGUCUGAGGCCCGCGCCGCAACGAAAGAGGCCAAAGCCGCAGAGCCCAAAGCCGCAGGAGGCAAGAAGCGGGCGAAAGGCGCCCAAUGGACUUGGCGCCCACACCCUCGCGCAGAGGACGGCCGCGCCAGCGCGUAUAGCACGCCAACCUGCAUCCUGUCCGCCGCGGAGUGGAUCGCGCUACGCGCGCCCGACCAACCUCGCGACGAGGAAGGCGGUCGGUGGGAGGAAGCGCGGACUCGAUUCCAUGGAACGGACUUUCGAGCUGCGGCUUCCGUGUUGGCGAUGAACGGCCAGUUCAUCAGUGGUCCCAACGGACAUGACGGUGUGUACGGCCUGUUUUCUUGCGACAAUCUGCCGGAGGCUUGGCUGCGCGUGUGCCGUCGGCGCGCGCUGGAAGGCGCCGGACACGUGGUGCGAGCCUCCGCGAUGGCGGUUGUCUUGGAGUUUAAGGCCCUUGAGGUCAAGAGAUACAUUCCCGGCAAGAGCUUGGGCGUGACCCGCGCGCCCAAGGGCGGACGAGUUCCGGGAGUGUAUCUGCAAGCGGUGCACUUCAACGUCGCCGCUGUGACGCGUUUUGCCUUUUUCCUAGGCCGGCAGAUUGAAGAGCGAGAGCUCUACGUCUGUUGGAAUUUUGUGCGCUGUGGUGUUUGGGCGUGGGGGCGCGAAGGCGCGCCGCCCGCCUGGCACCGUUCGCGCCGAGGAAACACCUACUGUCCGCGAUGCGCGCCCUGGUGGACCAACCAGGACGCGCAGCUGGACUUGGU